AUGCACUUCCUAACCCUCCUCCUCACCUCCGUCCUCGCCGCUACCCUCGCCAUGGCCUCUCCCGCCCCGAUGCCCUUGCCCGAGCGCUUCGAACCGCCCUGGCCCGCCACAGGUCCGCUUUCAGGCUCGCUUCCAAAGAACAUGGCGAAGAUCUGGGUGUUUGAUGAUAUGAAGUGCGAUGAUAAUGGUGGGCGCACUUACAUGGUGAAUGUCAUGCCUGGUCGGGAUCGGUGCUUGGCGUUUACGAAUGUGGGGUCGAUAUUUUCGUGGUUUAAGUCGGAUAUUGGCCUGUAUCAUAACUAUUCCCCCAAUCAAACACAUAAGAAAACCUGGUCUCUCUUUCUCUCACUUCCCCAACAACAUCAAUCUCCCUCCUCUCAAAAACAGAAAACGCCCCUAACACAAAACCCCCCAUCCCAACAACAACAACCACCACCACCACCACAACUCCUCAUUCCCCCCCCUUCAAGUAUUCCACCCAGCAUACUUAUAGCACCUCCAACACUGCUGAUACUCCUCCUUAUACGGCACAGCCAAAUACCGUGCCUUGGCACAAUCAUAACAAACACUAUUAUGGAUGCGCUCCAUGCACGACGCGCACGACAUCUUCAUAUGCAGCACAUUGGAGCGGCCGGCGCGGUAGCAGUAGUCGAUGCAGCGCUGCUGCUCGGCCACGGGGCGGACGUGCAUCGGCUUCGUGUCUUUGAAGAAGAAGUAGAGCGUGAUGAAGAGGGUGAGGGAGACGAGUUUGAGGAUGUGCAUGGUUUGGAGAUUUAUUAA